GUCGGAACCAAGACCGCGUUAUACGUUCGUAUCUUCUUACAUUCUUUGGGCUCCGACACCAUCAAUAAAUGGAAGAGUCAGUAAAUGGAAGAAACUGCAGAAGCGAAAGCAGCCCUCCACCAUGAGAAGGAGGAUGAAGAAGCAGUGGGACUUAGGAACUUGUCUCGGAGCAUUCUUCAGAAGAUUAUUGCUCAGGACAUCCGGGUCUACUUGAUCUGGUUGGCGUUAUACGGUCACGGCGAGCGGUAUCUCAGAGGAUGCAAGCCGAAAGCACCAGACACAGAGACUGCGAUUCCCAAAGGAGCAAUAGGAUGGGGCUUCGCGACCUUGGGGACACAGGAAUGGUUCGACAACAGAACGUACCAAACCAAAAACAUGGUCAAGACCAACGAUCCAUUUCUUUUUCAAGUAGCAUACAAUGCUACAGAUACUAUAACUAGUAAAACGCAAGGUGAAGAUGUUGAGAUUUGGAUCACAGAAGCAAAGAGUCCUGCUGAAAACGUAGCUCGGCUUCAUACAGAGGUCUGGGUUCCGACAGAAGAUGAUGAUUUACAACAGCACUAA